UCAUCAACUACACCAUCGUCAUCAUCCUCACCAUCCUCAUCAACCACACCAUCCUCACCAUCCUCAUCAACCUCACCAUCCUCAUUAUCCUCACCAACCUCAUCAUCCUCACCAUCCUCAUCACCAUCCUCAUCAUCCACUCCGUUCUCAUCAACCACACCAUCCUCAUCAUUCUCAUCAUCUUCACCAUCUUCACCAUUCCCAUCAUCCACUCCAUCCUCAUCAACCUGACCAUCCACAUCAUCCUCACCAACCUCAUCAUCCACUCCAUCCUCAUCAUCCACUCCAACCUCAUCAUCCACACCAUCGUCAUCAUCCUCACCAUCCUCAUCAACAUCACCAUCCUCAUCAUACGCACCAUUCUCAUCAUACUCACCAUCCUCAUCAACCACUCCCUCACCAUACUCAACAGCUGUACCAUCCUUAUCACCUUCAGCAUCCUCACCAUCCUCAUCAAUCUCACCAUCCUCAUCAUCCACUCCAUCCUCAUCAACCUCACCAUCCUCAUCAUCCUCACCAUCCUCAUCAUCCACACCAUCCUCAUCAACCUCACCACCCUCAUCAUCCUCACAAUCCUCAUAAUCAUCACCAUCCUCAUCAACCUCACCAUCC